AUGCAACAGGCGCUGCUGCUGAAGGGGAUUUCUGCUCCAGUGGUCUACUUUGUGGAUUAUGUCACCAACUCCAUAUAUCUUGAAGACAUUGUAGACUCAAUUACUGUUCAAGAUCAUAUUAAUUCUGUACAACAGAGUGGAAGUGAUACCAGUAGCCUCCUUAUCUUAGCAGAGAAGAUGGGUGAGCUGUUAGCAAGAAUGCACGAUGAAGAUCUUAUACACGGGGAUCUUACAACUUCCAAUAUACUGCUGCGGCCACCCACGGAGAAGCUGGACUUGGUGCUGAUAGACUUCGGACUCAGUUUUAUUUCGGGUCUUCCGGAGGAUAAAGGAGUUGAUUUGUAUGUUCUGGAAAAAGCCUUCCUUAGUACUCAUCCGGAUACUGAAACUGUGUUUAAAGCUCUGCUAAAGGCCUACGCAGCUACAUCUAAAAAAUCCGGUCCUGUGAUCAAAAGGCUGGAUGAAGUACGUCUAAGGGGAAGGAAGAGAUCCAUGAUUGGGUAG